GCUCCGUCCUCUUCGGUCUGGCAACCCUUGCCGCCGUCUCCGUCGUGUCGACCGACUAUCGUCAUCGAACCGCGCGAGCAGAACGAUCAAAAAACGCAGCAGCAGCACUACCGCUGUGGCCAGGGAGGAAAAAUCGUAGUAGCCAUCUUGUGUAAAAGAGGAAGCUGACACCAGCAGUAGCAGAGAGAAAGAGGAGCAGCUUCGGGAGCCAGCAGCACCGGAGCGCAGUGUCCACAAAGCAGCGGAUUUUCACCGACCGACCCCCGACUUUUGCUAGCCGCCCAAGGUCUAGCGCGGAAGCGGACUCUUUUGUCGGAGGCCACCCCCGAAGCGGAGCGCAGAGCAAACCAGGCCGUUCAGAAUGGCGUUAAAAAGAAUUAACAAGGAACUACAAGACCUGGGGAGAGAUCCACCCGCACAGUGCAGUGCCGGCCCAGUUGGAGAUGACCUCUUUCACUGGCAGGCAACAAUUAUGGGACCGCCCGACAGUCCGUACCAAGGAGGUGUAUUCUUCUUAACCAUACAUUUCCCUACAGAUUACCCAUUCAAACCACCCAAAGUGGCUUUUACAACGCGCAUAUAUCACCCUAACAUAAAUAGUAAUGGUUCGAUUUGCCUCGACAUCUUACGAUCUCAAUGGUCACCCGCAUUAACUAUAUCGAAAGUGUUGUUAUCAAUUUGCUCUCUGCUAUGUGAUCCCAAUCCAGACGAUCCGCUCGUACCAGAGAUCGCUAGAAUAUACAAAACCGAUCGAGAAAAAUACAAUGAGCUUGCGCGGGAGUGGACAAGAAAGUAUGCUAUGUGAUGCGUUCCAGACAGUAACCUAGAAAUCAACAACAGCAACAGCAAGAGAACCAACAACAACAACAAAAACCGUAACCCAAAAUUCAACAGCAACCAACAACAACAACAAAAGCAACA